UCAUGAUCCUGUGGGCUCUAGGUCAUCUCGACAUGUUCAUGUCCCCAGGGUAUAAUAUUAUGCCGCUAUAUAAAGAGAGAAGAGGUGAUGGCAAAGAGUCUCCAUUAAUCCAUCGAUUCUCUUCAUAUAGCUAUCAAACUUGAGGGGGAGAGAGAGAGAGAGAGAGAGAGAGAGAGAGAGAUCAUGGGAAAAGGGAGAGCACCAUGUUGUGAUAAGAGUCAAGUGAAGAGAGGACCAUGGAGUCCUGCUGAGGACUUGAGGCUUAUAGCUUUUAUUCAGAAACAUGGGCAUGAAAACUGGAGGGCUCUUCCUAAACAAGCUGGGUUGCUGCGAUGCGGAAAAAGUUGUCGAUUGAGAUGGAUUAAUUACCUGAGACCUGACGUUAAGCGUGGUAACUUCAGCGAAGUGGAAGAAGACACCAUAAUUAAGCUACAUCAAACUUUGGGAAACAAGUGGUCAAAGAUUGCAUCUCAUUUGCCUGGAAGAACAGACAAUGAGAUUAAGAAUGUGUGGAAUACUCACUUAAAGAAAAAACUGGCAUGUAAAGACGAUGGUGAACAUUCUGAAGGAGAUGAGUCAAAGGGAUCCUCCUCAACUUCAACGUCCUCCUCUUCAUCUAGUACGAUCAUGUCAAGUGGAAAAGGAGCUUUGGAAAUGGAACUUGAUGAACAAAAAAAUCAAGGGUUCUCAACGCAGAAGCCUCGCAUCCUAGAGAACGAAGAGGACUCGUCACCAAGGGGAGUGUCUAAUAAUCAGUUUAAACCAGCCAUGAAACCAAACGAAUUAUCAAGUUCCUCUUUUUCUAGUAACAAUUCCAGCAUCACCAACUCUAGUCAAGCUGAUGUUUCCGAGCCAGAUGGUGAAAAAACGGGCUCGUUUUUUAACUUUAGAGGACGUUAUAAUGUUCGCAAUUCACUAGAGGAGGUAAACAAACCAGAAGAAAUCGUGGCCGAAAUCCCAUUCGAGUCGGAUUACGAUUUUUGGAACAUGUUGGACAGCUUAAGUUCCUUCCAGUCCAGUGGAAUUCAGCUGCAAAAUGUUGAAGCUGGCCAGAGCUCAAGAUUUGGAGAUGCAUAUAAUAUGGGAGAAGUUGAAAAUAAGAAGUGGCUCCGUUACUUGGAGAAUGAGCUUGGUCUCGAUGCAAGCAAAGAUGAAAACCAGAAUUUAUCGAAGAAUGCUGCGGAGAGUACAAUAGUCCCUGAGAAUUUUCAGCAUGACAUACCACUGAAGCCAGCGGAAGUCCAUCCAGGGACAGUUGAAAAUUUUCAUUUGUGGCCUUCUUUAUGAAAACAAAGGGAAAAAAAAAACUGUCAUGUGAACCUAUAAGUAGGUUAAUUUAGGUCUUUGAAAACAGCAGCAGUAGUUUGUAGAAAUUAUAAGUAUGUGAAACUAGUGACUUCUCUUUCAAUACACAAGUUUUUGGUAUUACUGACAUAUAGUCAUUGGUAUAACGGUAGUUUACUGGCUUAAAACUGUAACUUUGGCAUCGCCAAAAUUGUUGCUACUUGUGACUUUUAUAAUUAUGACUGUAAAAAGUGUACUGGGUAUCGUUAAAAAUGCUUCGUCUUCUUCUUCUUUUCUUUU